CACACUACCAUUUAUGGAGUCGAUUAGCUAGACAACAUCUAGACGCCGUUUUUAAGACAUUUUACGUCUUACCUGAUAACUGAUAAUCUCAGAAUUCAUUGGAUAAGAGCAUGGACCUUACAGAUCAGGACUUUCAGCGCCUGACUCUGCACGAGUCACGCAGUCAGAUUACCCCACCCGUUGGGAAGAAACCAGCACCAACUUACAGAGCAGGUCCGGCCCCAUACCGUAGUUACCAUGACAACAAAGAGGAGUUUAUGCCACCCCCUCCCCCACCCACUAGCGCAUACAUGGACCAGAACUUCCCCCCUCCUCCCCCAGAAACCAAGGAGAACAUCUACCACGAGAUACAAGACGCUGAUUUCCCCCCUCCCCCACUCUCCAGUGGCCAGAGUGAUUUCCGCGGUCCGGAGCCCAUGUAUGCCGGCAGAUCUAGUGGUUACACUCAGUACGGUGGACCGGCUGGGUCGUCAUAUGAGAGUAGACAGGAAGUACAGACGUUACACCAGCCCUCGGGUCGCUAUGAACGAGAGGUGAAGCAGGCCACGUACAGCAUCCAAAGCACUGAUAGUAGCGGUAAAUCUUCUCCCCGAUCCUCGCCGUACGCCACAAACUACUCAUCAACAGGCAACUAUGGUGGCUACACCAGCCAGCCCAGCACGUAUAGUUCGGGCUCAUAUGAUCCUGGUAUCUACAAGUCGAGCCCUGUCUCAUAUGGACAGCCACAAACAUAUAGCUCUAAUGCCAACUACAGCCAGUAUUCUUCAAACCGUGCCCCGAGCCCUUUGGCAUACACAUCAAGCCCUUCUAACCAGGACGGGUCUAGCUCAGGCGUGACCUACGCCUCACUAGCUGACACAGGUGUCACAUACGCCCAGGUGAAGCCCAGAUCUGAGCGAGCCCAGCCGGGGCCCCAGAUGCCUAUACAGAUCAAGGUUCAGGAUGUUCACAGUGACAACACGUACAUGCAGCCCAGUCCGGCACAGUAUCAAAGGCAUUCUCCCAGUCAGCAGUCAUAUGCUCCUCCUCCAAUAGCCCCCAUGCAGGCCUCUCGACCCUCUCUAGACCCCCGGGGUGGGGCUGGAGGUGAGCCCCGGGGUGGGACUGGCAGUAAGGAACAAGAAGUAGAUGCCCUCACUCAGAUGUUGAUGCAGGGCCUUGAGGGAACCAAGGACCCGGAUUUCUACGGUAUCUGUGCAAAGUGUGGAAAGAAGGUUGUUGGGGAGAGUAACGGCUGUACGGCCAUGGACCAGGUCUUCCAUAUCGGCUGCUUCAUCUGCAUCUCCUGCGGUACUUUGCUGAGAGGGAGGUCGUUUUACUCCAUGGAAACCAAACCCCAUUGUGAGCCAUGCUAUCUGAAUACCCUUGAGAAGUGUUCCAUUUGUUCAAAACCAGUCACAGACAGGCUUCUCAGAGCAACAGGGAAGCCGUACCAUCCAGCGUGUUUCACUUGCGUUGUCUGUGGGAUAUCUCUAGACGGCAUUCCCUUCACUGUUGAUGCUACCAACCAGAUACACUGUAUAGAGGACUUUCACAGGAAGUUUGCCCCUCGUUGCUGUGUGUGCCAUAAACCAAUUAUGCCGGAGCAAGGUCAGGAGUCAACAGUCCGGGUGGUUGCCAUGGAUAAAAGCUUCCAUAUAGACUGUUACAGAUGUGAGGACUGCGGAGAUUUGCUGUCAUCAGAGGCGGAGGGACGAGGAUGCUAUCCUCUCGACGACCACAUUCUAUGCAAGCCAUGUAAUGCUAAACGCAUUAACGCUCUGACCACAAAACUGUCAACAGAGCUGUGAACGGUCUGAUACACAGUGUGUGUAUGUAGAAUUGCCAUAUUGAUGUUGGACGAGUUUCCAAAGUAGACACAAUUUACAUUUAAAUACUGAAUAUUGUUAAAUUUUUCUUGGGCUUAUUUCUUUUCCGAGUUUUGCUAAUUGUUCAUCUCAUGGUAAAUUGUUUAAUUCACCUUUGCUGAUUUAAUAGUGGUAUCACGAAAAUAAAACCGAGUUGAAUUUGACGAAAUCGAAACAUGUUAAAAUAAAGCUCUUGAAAAAUUAAGGCACUCUUAUGUAUUGUUUGAGGUUGAUGUGGAUUUCAAAUCUUUUUUCCCUUAAGGUAUCAGUGUAAAAAACAACCUGUUUGGGUGCAUUCACAUAAACUUCCAAAAUGGACCCAAGGAGCCGUAAUCAAUAAACCCCCUAGAUGAUGUUUAUAUAAGGAUAAAAAUCAGGAUGUUCUCACUAGAGCAUAAAAUUGAUUGACCAGAUGAUACAGUGAAUGGAAUCACUGAAUCCUAUAUGUGGUUGAAGACAACAUUUUAUACAUAUAUUAAUACAACUUUUGAUCUGUUUUUUUCCUGGAUAGUGUUUUGAAUACAGGUACUGGUAUGUGUUAUAUUUAUAAGCUUAUAUCUUUGUUCCAAAUUGAGAUGAAGGAAACUCUUAUUAUACUAUUAUUUAUUUAAGCCUUAACAAUUCUCCCAGUGGGAACCUUAGUUUAUGUUAAAACUGGUUCUAUGAAGUCAAACAAAUAAGUUUAUAUGACUGUAUAUUUAAUUCAGAGGUUGUUGUUUUGUUUUGAAUUUAUUCAUAGAAGUUAUAUAAGUAUGAAAUUUUGUAUGGUACAAUUUUCUUGCCAAUUGAAAUAUUUGCUUUGUGAGAUUGCUUUUUUGAAAAUAUGUCGUUCAUUUAUUAAAGUAUUACUUUAAAACAUGGUAUUAUAUACACGUUUAAACAUUGUAUUAUAUACAUAUAACAUAAAGCUGACUUUAUAUACUGGAUAUAAGGUGGUAUUAUUUAAAAAAAAACAUGUAAGAGUUGAGGUAUUGAAAUAUGAACUUGGUAUUUUGUAUGAAUAAUGAAAAAGUUUGAAUUUUAUUAUGAUAAAACGUAUGAACAUGGUAAUAUUUAGAAAAAAAAUAUGGUAAACAUGGAAUUCUAUUAAUUUGAAAACUAGUAAUAACAUUGUAGAAUGUUAACAUUGCGUUAUAUCUAAAGUGUUUAUUGUUGUUUUGAGCGUUAAGUUUGAACAUAAUACUGAAAUUUAAGUUAUCAGAAUUACAAUUAACCAGAUUCACACAUAGUUUCCAAUUAGUAGCACCAAAAUUACUUUUUUAUUAUUUUUAUUGGUUUUCCAUUGUUUAUGUGUACAUGUCAUGAUACCAUUUUGUCCUUAAGCUUUAGUGUUAUUUCUUUUUAUGAGAUGUUUGAAAUUUGUACUAUAUUGCAGUUUUUUAAUUCACCUUUUAAAGGUUUGUUGAUAUAUAUAUCCCCAGUAAUAUAGUAACUGCAAUAUCCAUCCUUUCAUUGAUUGUUUUAAAUGAUAUCAUGUUUGAACAUUAGAAUAUAACAUUUUUAAUUUUUUUUUAUUUCAUCUGGAAUAUUCAAACUAAAAAGUAUUAUAACAUUUUCUGCAAGGCCAUUAACCAUAAAAAAACAUUACAAAACAUUUUCAGGCUUAUUUUAAAAUUAAGAAAAUUAUUUUAUUUUUCAGAGAAUUAAAUUUGAAACCAAUGCCCCAAAAGCUAUGUUUAAAAUGUAUUAAUUAAUCAAUGAACUUGUGUGUAAAUACUUGGACGUAUUAGAAUCACACACUCACAAUCGCUGUAUAAACUUAUGCUUUGUGUGUAAAACAGCUGUAUAUAAAUAGCCACUGUGAUAAGUUAUUGUGUACACUUUUAACUCGUUCAUUUUUUCAAAGAAAAAAACGCUGUUAUAUUGUGGUAGUCUUGGUGUUGUCUUCGUCUUUGGAAAAAUGUCUCGGCUCGUUAUCACUAAUGUCUUGAGUGUAGGUUUAAGACAGAGACCCAUAAAAGCAACCUCUUAAUGUGGUUGUAAAAAAUGCUAUUAUAAAGGAGCAAAGAUGGUAAAAAUCGCUGUAUUUGUCACAAAUAAUAUUUUCUACAACGCAGCAAGCAUCUUUUGUGCAAAUAAGUAACAUUUUAUAAUAUUUUGUAACAUUUUGUAAGAAUUCAGUUUUCAGAGCUUAAGUCUCAAACCCAGAUUCGAGUUGUUAGUGAAUUCAGACCCUUUUGGCCCUUAAAAUGAUAUUAAGUAAAAUUCAGAUCAAACUAAGUGUACAUUUUGACAAAGACAAUAUGCACAUGUAGCAAGCCCAUAACUCGAGCUUUAUUAGUUGUUAUUUUACCUGCAGAAAUCAGAGGAGUGUUGGCAGUCAUGUUGCUGUGCUCUUUUUAGAUAAUUAUAAAAACAUUGCGUAGUUGUGAACAAAUGAUGUUUAAACAUCUGUUCUCAUUUAGAUUUAUUUUUUUCUUCUUUUACGUUUUAAUAUGAAAUUAUGUCUUUUGAUAAGAAAUAUUUAUUUUUUGUAUAGUUUUAAUAUACUGAUUUACUAUUAAGUGCUGUUUAAUGUUUAUAGCACAUUCAUCAUAGAACCCAGACAGGCAGAAACAGGUCUUAUGGUAAAAAUGACAUCGGGAGCCAUGAUUACGAACAGUCUAAAGUCUGAGUUCAGACUCAGUUCAGACUCAGAAUAGCAUUUUUAUGUUAUAACAAAAAUCAUAAUGAUUCCAUUUCCUUUAAAAAGAAUAAAUGUAAACAUAUUAGUAAAACAUUCUAAUAGUUAUAUUAUUUAUCAAAGUUGACCUUCAAUACAUCCCAGUAGAAGGAAAGUUACAAUGCAAUUUUGAGUCUUGAGUUAUCGCUGCUCCAGAGUCCUUCAAUACAUCCCAGUAGAAGGAAAGUUACAAUGCAAUUUUGAGUCUUGAGUUAUCGCUGCUCCAGAGUCCUUCAAUACAUCCCAGUAGAAGGAAAGUUAUUAUGCAAUUUUGAGUCUUGAGUUAUCGCUGCUCCAGAGUCCUUCAAUACAUCCCAGUAGAAGGAAAGUUACAAUGCAAUUUUGAGUCUUGAGUCUUGAGUUAUCGCUGCUCCAGAGUCAGUAUGCACUUAUGUCUUAAGUCUGAGUUUGAAACUCAGACUCAGAAAAGCUAAAUUUUGAUUUUGUUGUAAAAAUGCUGUUAUUGGAGCAAAGAUGCCAAAAAUUGUUGCAUAUACUACAAAUAAUCUCUUGUACAAUCAAACAGACAUCUUUUUUAAAAAGAUGUAUUAUAGAUAUUUUUAAACAAUUAAGAUUUCAAUUUUCUGAGCCUUGCAGGUCUCAAAUUGGACUUAAAACAUAAGUAAAUACAGACCAAGCAAAUAUUUUAAUAUCAUAGUUUCCUGUGAGUGAAAAACAAAAUGGCGACUCCAUGGUGUGACGCGAGUUUAAGGUCGUUGGUUUAUGUAUCUUUUCUGUGUAAAGGGUAUUUGAUAUUUCAAAACAUACUAUAAGGCCAAUUUCUGCCUGACGUGGUUCAGAUUGAAUAUGAUAGUAAAUACUUAGCAAUGUUAGUGAGCUCUUAAAUCAAGUCAUUGAUGAGACAUACGCUUUUUUUGCCUCCUAUUCUGUACAUAGGCGGCAGUAUCAGUCAGGAAAUGGUUUCUUAUAUGUAUAUAUAUUGGGAUAUAUAUUGAGAUAUACAUUGUAUAUAAAUUUAUUCAUAUACUCAUAUACAAGAUUAUAUGGAUAUAAUCAUAUAUAAAAUCCCCUUUCCGAGCAGCACUGCCGCCUAUAGUCCUUUAAAGAAUGAAAUGACAGCAGCUUUAUCAUGAUUUGUAUUUAUUCAUGUUUGUACCUGAUUAAGCAUUGUUUUGUGGUUCGAAAGGGUAAAAUAUAUCUUCAGCUUUUACACCGCAGGGAAUCAUUGGAGCCACAACAUUUUGUUAUGAUUUGAAAAUGCUCCAAUGUGUCUUCCCUUGUGGUGCCAAUUACUUGAAAAUCGAGUUAGAUGGCGAGUAUGCCCUGUUGAUUUUCCUUGUCAAAGGUUUAAGGGGCAGAAACAAAAAUAUGCAGGAAUCUAGUUCCACAUAGGAAUUUACUGUGUUUUAUGUUAAAUGCAAAAGUUUUGAACAGAAUUCAAAAUCUCAUCAUCUAGAACUUGUUUAACUUGAUUGAACUAAAUGGUGGCAGCUUAAAAACCUGGCUUUGUUAAUGUUUUUGUUAAGAUUAAUGCUAUAAAAAAAUAAUGAAAAAGAGUUAUACAGAAGAUGCGUUGGAGCAUUUUCACGGCUUUACAAAAUGUUGUUUCUUCCACGAGUCUGCGCUGUUUUGUAGGUACAUGUGUAUGCUUGAACUUGUGUCUUGUUCUUUAUUUCACUAUCACUGUUGUUGUUUUUUUAACAUUUUGAAUGUUAAAAAUACACUUCUCGUCAUAAUUAAAUAUUGAUUGAUUAUAAAUAAUUAAGUAUUUUAAACUUCAAUUUACCUUUUCGAUCAAAAUGAAAUUUGAACAAAAAACUCAUUAACAGGGUAUUUGAUCGCACCCUUAACAUUUUAGAUUUUUUUUUCCAAUUUGUCCUAUAUUAAUAUAAGAUUAUGUUAUUCACAUUUAUAUUUUAAGAAUUUCAAACCAUUCUACAUUGCUUCUGGAAUAAAACAACAUUAUGUAUAAUGUAAUUCAAAUAACUAUGCAUACUUGUAUGCCAUUUAAAGCUACACUCUCACAGAUAUACCGUUUAUACAACUUAUUUAUUUUUUGUCUUGAAAAGAGCAAUUUUUGCGUAAAUAUUUGCAAACCAAUGAUAUAAGAUUGCUGACCAAAGAUCAUAUCGCAGAUUUUCAUAUUUCCAUUUGAAAAUUAAACAGUUUAAGAAAAAUGCAUAAAACAUUAAUUCUUGACCUUAAAUAUAAAAAUCUGAGAUCUAAUUUUUUGUCAGCAGUCUUAUAUAACUGGUGUCCAUGCAAUUAUGCAAAAAUUGGUUCGUUCCAUGACAAAAAUAAAAAUGUUGUUAAACCAUUCAAUCUGUGAGAGUGCAGCUUUAAGCAAUGCAUACCAUUCUUGUAUUCAUUUUAUUCUGAUAUUUGGUCAAGAAAAAAUACAUUUUUUUGGAGGGAAGUGUAGUUUUAACACCCUGCAAUAUAAGGCCAUGCCAAAUUGGUUUUAUGUUGAGCGCGUCAGGUUCAAAUUUCAAACCAAAUCUUCCUGGCUUUCCUCAGCAACAAAAACACAUUAUCUUAAAUAAUCUUAAUAUCUCUUAGCAACAACUCAACUCAACUCAACUUUAUUCAGUACAUAAAGGCCUCCGGCCCAAAAUACAUACUAUAAUAUAUACAUCAUUAAUUACAAUACAGUGGUGUCAACAAUUGCCCUUAAUAGCAGAUUCCACCAAAUGAAUGAAAAUUAUAAAGAAAUCAUCAUAAUUAUACUAUAAAAGGACCAUACAUCUAAAAUAUUGAACCUUUUACUGUAUUGCUUGAUUUCUUGAAUCUGACAAUUGUAAUUUAGCUAGUUAGCUCCUUAAAAAAUAUUUCUUUGCUAAAUUCAGAUUGUUUUUCAUUCUGAAACCCUAUCCCUAUAAUGACCUCAAACAUUGAAUCAAUUUGGCAUUGCCUUGGCUUCAGUCUGUUGUUUAUGUAUACACCUUUUGUUAGUCUAUGUUUAAAGAUCUGAAUUUAUUUUGUCGUCAUAGAAUAGCUUUGUGUUCAGUUUUUUUGUUUCGAUCACCAUUGCUUUUUUCUGUUAUAUUAUUUUUCAGAAUUGACUAGGUUAGGGCGUUCUUGUUCAUAUUUUACAUUUAUUUUUCAUUCAUUCACAUGUAUUUUUUUAUAACGGCUUUGUAAUAACCAAAUGAUAUUGCAAUUGUUGUAUCAAGUAUGACCAUGUAUUAUGAACAUAAAAACACCAAAACACA